AGAAGAGGAUGUUACAGUGAAAGGAGAGGAAGAACCUUUCAUAAUGAUAAAGGAGGAAGAGGAGGCUAUUACAUUGAAAGAAGAAGAUCAUUAUUAUAUUGUGAAAGAGGAAGAGGACGCUAUCUCAAUAAAAGAGAAAGAGGACGUUUUCGGAGGGAAAAAGGAGGAGGAGGAAGGAAUGGAGGAGCAGACAGAAGAUCUGAUUAACACCAGAGGGAGACAUGACUAUCAUGGAUCCUCUGGAGAGCCUCAACAACAUCCUGAUGCUGACGAGGCAGAGAAGAGUCUCUCCAGAUCAGAACACCAGAUGGACAACGCUAGCCCUUCCUCCCUCCCAGAGUCCCCGUGUCGUACCUCUCCCAGUAGCACCUUACUGCUGGGUCUGAAGAGGUUGUCUGUGCGGCUGGUGGACUGCAGGAAAACAACGGGGCUGAGUGGAACUGUGAGAGGAGGAGAAGGAGAAGAGGAUGGAGAUUCAGAUCCAAUGUCAUCAAGAGAAAGACCAGACUCGGAGGGACCAGAGCCAGAUACGUCCAAACCAGCAACACGACACCACUGCUCCCAGUGUGGAAAGAGAUUUUUCUGGUUAGGGUCCCUGAAAAGGCAUGAAGGAAUACACGCAGGAGAGGAGACUUGCCACUGCUCCCAGUGUGGAAAGAGUUUUACCCGUUUAUGUAGCCUGAAAAGACAUGAGAGGACACACACAGGAGAAAAGCCUUUCCACUGUGCCCAGUGUGGAAAGAGUUUUACCCGGUUAUGGCACCUGAAAACACAUGAGAGAAGGCACACAGGAGAGAAGCCUCACCUCUGCUAUGAUUGUGGAAAGGGUUUUACCCAGUUAGGGAGCCUGAAAGAACAUGAGAGAAGACACACAGGAGAAAAGCCCUUCCACUGCUCCCAUUGUGGAAAGAGUUUUACCCGUUUAGGGAACCUGGAAAGACACGAGAGAACACACACAGGAGAGAAGCCUUUCCACUGCUCCCAGUGUGGAAAGAGUUUUACUGAAAAAUGGAACAUCUCCCCGGGGAAGUCUCCCCCCGCCUGUAGAAAAUGGAACAUCUCCCCGGGGAAGUCUCCCCCCCCGCCUGUAGAAAAUGGAACAGGACCGAUGCUUCUAGAGGACCUAGCGGAUGCCACAGGCUCCAAUCCCGCUAUCCAGCAAUGGAAACACGUCACCCGCCGUAAGCCUAAUGGAAGGCAGUGGUGA